CCCGGUCAGUAUGACGCGGCAUCAGGCAGUGUCAAGCAACAAGUACUUGUUCUGAUGGAAUGCGACGUCCGCAUCUUUGCAACCCCGAGAAGCUGAGAAAGUCAUCCAUCUAGUCAAGCCAGCGAUCGCACAUACCAGCCAUGGACCCAUACUCUGCCGCUCUGGAUCUCCUGCGUCGUCUGCCCCCCACCAACGUCUCUGCCAACCUGGACGUCAUCUCACGUCUCUGUCCGGACAUUGCCGAGGACCUCGCCGUCUCUGUCGAUCAGCCGCUUCAGCUCAAGAGCGAUGGGGAGAGCGGGAAGGAGUAUCUCUGUUGUGAUUACAACCGGGAUGGAGAGAGUUAUAGGUCGCCUUGGUCGAACGCCUAUUCUCCACCACUAGCAGAUGGAGCCGUACCUUCAGAGACGCUUAGAGAACUCGAAGUGGGUAUGAAUGAAGCUUUUGAUACGUAUCGCGAGAUGUACUUCGAAGGAGGAAGUUCGUCGGUCUAUCUAUGGGACUUGGAGGAAGGGGGAUUUGCCGGAGUCGUGCUGCUCAAGAAGGCUCUUCCCUCGGCGGCUCUACAGAAGGGAUCGUGGGACAGCAUCCACGUCUUUGAAGUCCGAGAACGAUCACGUCAAGCUCACUACUCGCUCACCUCGACCAUCUUGUUGUACCUCGGGAGCAAGACGAUCAUGAACGAGGGAGACGGUGAUGUGAGCUUGAGCGGGACAAUGACGAGACAGGUCGAGCAAGACCAGACGGUCACCUCCCCAUCCCAGCACGUUGUCAAUAUUGGGAGGAUGAUCGAGGAUAUCGAGAACAAACAACGCAAUUCGUUAUCGGAAGUCUACUUUGGCAAGACCAAGGACAUUGUCUCCGAGUUGCGAUCGAUCGAGGGUAGCGAGAUCAAGAACCGCGAGGCCAACCUCCGGAGAGAACUCUUGGGAGCGUUCGGUCGUCGAGCUCCAGUAGAAUAGAUUCGAGAGGCGAUUAGCCUUGUCAUCAUUUGUAUCCACGUAUCUCUCUGUUGUUGGCUCUCUAUACCACUGGAUCGUAACGAUGGCCGAG